UUCUCCGAUCCCUGAAACAAAUUGGCAAUGUUGGACAGAUCAUGCACCGGAUGCAUAUAUAUAUAUGAUCCACCAUUGCAGCUCACUAGCUAAGCAGUUGUCUCAGUUUUCAGUUCAGUGAUACAGAAAGUGAUUGUAAUUAAGGCACAAAUUAAAGAGGAUAUUAGCUAGAGAUUGUCAGAUUGGCAUGGGGCAUAGCGCUGGUGCUGAGGCUGCGUGCAGAGUGCUGCCCAUCAUCGACGAGGAGUCGGAGUCGGAGAUGGGCGAGGGAUCGCCGGCGAGGAAGGUCGCCGACGAGCGCAGUAAGGCCGUCGUGGCCAGGAUGAGGGAGCUCCUCCGGCGAGCGGCCGCUCAGUCGUCGGCGCAGUCCAAGCUCCGCUCCACCGUGCUUGUCAGUGCCAAGAAAUGGAAGAGGGUGGUGGUGAGCCUCCAGAACAGCAGGGCCGCGAGCGCCAGGAAGCAGGAGCAGCAGCGACAGACGGUGAGCCGGCAGAGCGACGGCGGCAUGAGCCCGUCGUCGCCGGUGUCCAGCAAGAGCAACAGCUUCAGCUGGGACAACGCCGCCGCCGGAGGAGCAGAGAGCUGCUCGUCAUCCCCCGCGCGGUCGCCGCUGUGGCCGUCGUCACGCCAGUUCUCGCCGUCGCCGGUGGCGACGCACGGCACGAGGCUCCGGCGAGACAGCUCCGGGUCAGCUGACGAUGGCAUGAUGAGCAUGUCCUGCAGCGGCAGCAGCAGGAUGUGUCAGUGGAUCACCACGGAUUCUGACUUCGUGGUGUUGGAGCUGUAGAAGUUUACAUGGCGCGAAUUCUCCGGACCGGUCAGAGAAUGUGGGCUGAAAUGGAAGAUAAGCAAAGCAGCCCAAAAAUCUGUUAUCUGAAUUCUGAAACUCCUAAUAGGAGAAAAUUCAGAGAUGAGGCCAACGUGUUAUGAUGCGAGCUUCAGAGCUUUGUCUCGUUGUCAGAACUGCAGUGUCAUCUCUUGCAUUGACAAAUCCAGAUGAAAUUUGUUGUUUUGUGCCAAAUGUUGCGCCGCUUACGUUGAGAUAAAUGGUUCAGGAAUCAGGAGAGCAGCAAGAGAGGCAUCUCGUUUUUUUAAGUUUAAGGCAAAGCAAGAGAGCAGUCCACUUUUCUGACGAACUGAAUGAUCAAGGAAAUUACUUUCAGAAUUCAGGCACAAUAGUUACUCUGUUCUAGACUUCUAGUGCAUCACAGAAACAACAAAUUAUUUCUUGUGAUAAAAAUUCUCCUCAAUGUCUGAUUUUGACAACCAGAUCUAUUCUGCAACCCAAUAUGAUACAGGCUGUCUGUGUGUAUGUAUGUGAAUAGUUUCUGUCUUCUUUUUUUCUUACGCCAAAACAACUCCUGAAGUUGUAAACUACAGUGAAUUCCUUAUUCCUACAUAGUAAUCUGCAAGGAUAGGUAUCACAUUUUCUAGUACAAAACUUUGGUAC